AUGCGCCGGCCGGAUACCGUGUGGCGCCGCUCUAAGCAUGGCGAACGCAACUCAAUGUACGACUCCGAUAUUCUGCCGCCAUCAGAGGGAGACCACAGCUGUGAGCGUGAAGAGGGGCUACAGCGCCUGCAGCAAGCUCUAGCGACCGCCACGGAGUUCGUGUUUCAGCAACGACUUGCCAUAGAGCGCCAGAGCCGUGAGCAACCCCUUGCAGACAGGGUGGUGGGCACCGCGCAGGUGCACGAGGGUAGCGACGACGCCGGUGCCGCGCAGAGACAGCUGGCCGACCUGGAGGACAACUUGGCUCAACAGGCGAACCAGUAUAUUCGAGCAGCAAACGUGACUGCUCUUUCUUUUUUAAAUGAGAAACAGUACACGCGCGCGCUGCAGCUGCUCCUGGGAGUAGAAGAAAUGGUACAGAGGGGAGGCGGGAAAUGGUUUCCGUUCUUUGUCACUACGGAGUCUGUCGUGCAGGACACAAAGGGGUUCGCACAGUCGUUGGAGCGCCCGCGAAGCGGGGAGGAUGGCUGCGUAAAGGAGAUUUUCGUCCCCUACUUCAUCAAGCGUCACGAGAGGAUGCAGCAGCUCGCUCUCGCUGUGGUGGAGAACAACAUUGGCCUGUAUCACUUCAAAAUCGGGGAGUACGAAUUGGCGGCGCGGCGCAUGUCCCGUGCGCUACAACUGGAAGAGUCGCUGGGUGUAGAAACGAUCGGGGUGACAUACUUUAAUAUGGCGCAAACGCAGUAUGAACUUGGAUGCGUGGAGGAGGCCUUUUCCGCCAUUGCAUUAGCUGAAGAGGCCAUUGAAAAACGCAUCUAUAAUUUCUGCGUUCAGAAGCGUCACCUUCGCCGUAUGGCCGAGCACGGCGACGAGCCGUUGCCGGCGUAUAUCCCAGGUUUAGAAAAACGCAUUCUCGGUGGACAUCUCGGCUGGAGGGAGGAAGUCUGUUUGCUCUCGCGUGUGCUGGAGAAGCACGGGAGCUGGCUGCAGAACAACAGCGCCUACAAGGCCGCCAUGAAUCGCUACGAACAGAGCGAACGGUGGUUUUCUUCGGUAAAGCCGCACAGUAUAGAUGAGAAGUCGUGGCUGCAGGAACUGCAGAAAAGCAUGCAGGUGUGCAGACGUGCGCAGCGACACACGUGCUGUGCACCGAGGGUGCCUUUAACGCCUGCACCUGCUUCCGCGCCACCAAAGAGCACCAUCGUUACGACGGCGCUCCCACGCAGAUUUGAAGUUGUAGUUGACGCCACACAGCAAGUGGUGGAGCAACAUCAACAGGAGCGCCGCACACCAUCACGAUAUAGAGACGUGAAUGGAUUCUCUUCGGCCACCUGCUACCGUAAACAUGACGACAUCUUGAAACCAUACACCAGCGAUAGUGCAGCUCGUUCACGUCGCCGCCGAAGUGAAUCUCGUCGCCCACAGUGGGAUGACCGCACUACUGUAAUUCGCAGCGAUGAGAGGCGAAGCCGUUCAAUAACGACAGCAACUGGUUCCGCUGUCUUCACUAACUCGGAGGCGGCGACAUCACCCUGCGUCACUUCUGCUGCGAACACACCACUAUCUCGGAGGGUUCAGCAGAAACCGGUGCUCUCUGCAACUUCGCUGUCUCACUCCAAUGUUGGCUGCGCGAUGUCGAAACCGGGUGUGGCAUGUUCUCCGACGGCUGUGCAGAGGCAAGGAACGCCGCACCACAGGCCUGUUGCUGACCUCCGUGGCAGGGUGAAGCGUGCAGUACGCAAAAAUGUUGGCACUGCCUCAUCCACACCAGGAGGUGGCAUGCGCAUUCUCUCCUUUAUGCAAUGUAUUCACACCCUGCAGGCAUUUGCUCAGGCACGUCUCUCUGCGCUAGAGAGUGAGCACAGGGUGUGGGAACUGGGCAGGUUAGGCAGCGCCCCGCCGAGCAUUUCAUCUUCUCAGCUCUCCUCCUCUAUGCGGAAUGGGUGGUUGCACCACGCGAACCACACCAUGCGGUUUUUGCCGAGCAGCAGCCGCUCGCUUGGGAGUAGCCGCGUGUCGGUGGAGGCGGUCCCGUGCAAUGGCAGCGCGUCUAGGCACCCGAACGAAGUCCUCCUCGGGUUUUUGGCGGCGCAUCGUUCUGUCUCUCUCGUGCACCGCAUUCGACUUGAGAAGCGCUUUGCGAUGCUGAUGGAGGGUGUGCAGAAGCAAUCCCAGGAUCCGACUGAAACGCUGCAAACAAUUGUGUCUGCCAAACCCCAGGCACAGGCGUGGGCAAACAUAAAUCCUCUUCAUUUGAAUGACUCCUAUACUCUCUCGGGUGCAAAGAAAAAAGGCUCUCACGACAGGAAUGAUAGAGCUCCCCACGAGAGUUACGCUGUGAAGAAAAAUGCGAGUCUACUUGAGACUACCAGUGAUGAUGCUGGUCUUUCCGAGGGACAGUAUCAGCGACGCUACAACUCAUUGCUGCGCAUGAAUGCACUCGGUGCAGUGGAGAAUGUUUUUCCUGGCUCCACUAACGCAACGAAGGGUAACGUUGGCCGUAAAGCGGUGCCCGCGAUCACGUACGUUACGGGUCCGGAGUUUCACUCGCUCUUGACCCCAACGCCUUGCAUGACGGGGCAUCCGCUCGACCACAACGUGGCGACAGACAAAGCCGCAGCCGUCGCUAGUUCGGCGCGGCUAGAGCUUCUAUGGGCCAACACUUCUGGGACGCGCCAGCCCACGACGUAUUCACACAAUGAGGUGGGAGGGAGCGGCGGCAGCGCACGCGUUCUCUUCCAAGGAAAUAAACCGGACGUAGAAGGUACAUACCGCAACGGAUUUAAGGUGUCGAACAGGAGCGAGGUGUGCGACGUGGUGGAUGGGGAUUCUUCUCCACACCGCAAUGCCCUGCAGGGGACGCUGCCAUUUGCCAGUGACUCGAGUGAUUUCAUCCCGCACAUCACAAGGGAACUGAUUCAGCAACGCAUUUUGCGGGAGGAGGCUGCGAUCAUCAUUCAGCUGGCGUGGCGGCGGUGGAGGACGCGUCGACAAUCUGUGGCAGUGUGUAAACUCCGAUAUAGAUAG